AGAUAACAAACAACAGUUAUAACCAUUGUAUGGUGGCUGGAUAUCGGCUCUUCAUUUCCCCCCAUCUUCAACCCUCACCCACUCAAAACCCUCAAUUUUUAAACCUCCCAACAAUUUCAGAAUUGUGUUAAAAGAAUUUACAAGCAUCCCAUCUGUCUUUCGGUUGGAAAACUCUAGCUAGAGCCAUAUAGACAGUGAGUUUUUAAUCAUGUGUUCAUGACAACCUUAAAUUAAAAGACUUUGAUGCAACCUAGCAGAACGAGGGCGCCAUUUGUAGCCACAGACGGUGUCAUUUUCUGGAAAGUAGUGUCUUUGUUCUUUGAACUUUCUCUACCUGUGUCUGCCUCUGGUCUCGGGCUACCUGAGCAGGCAAAGAUGAAUUCAUCAAGCAUUGACGGCACCAGUACUGCAAGUAAAGAAAUAUGCAUUUCUCUACCACCUCGAGUAAAUUCAGAUGGCGUCUGGAUCUUGAAUGCCACUUCAUCUCUUACCAACUUCUCCUUGCCACUGCUGGAAAUGCAAUUGAUUUUCGUGUUCAUCUCCAACAUAGUCUGUUAUUUGAUCCUCAAUAGCUUUGGGCUGAUUACCAAAUUUGUCUCUCAAAUGAUGGCUGGAAUAUUAAUGGGUCCUCACGUUUUUGGCGGCAUGAAAAGUUUUGGUGAACUCCUGUUCCCCCUUGUAAGUCAGGAAAUGCUUGAUACGAUAGCUAUGUUAGGCUACACGUUAUUUCUAUUUCUAAGUGGAGUGAAAAUGGAUAUGGGAAUUAUAUUCAGAACCGGAAGAAAGGCCAUGUAUACAGGUGCUUUGUCCCUAUUAAUGCCCUUGUUACUUGGUAUGGGAACGCUCCAGCUUUUCGGCAAUCGCUGGUGGGGUCUAAGAAGCUCAGAAAAGCUGGAACUUAUCUUCGCGACUGCGACACAUUCUAUGACUCCAUUUCCGGUCAUAGCUUGCCUUCUGAGUGAUCUCAAUAUCCUAAACUCAGAACUCGGCCGGCUAGGACUAUCUUCUGCAAUUGUCAGCGAUUUAUUCAGUGGAUUUCUCAACAGUGUUUUCACAUUGGCUAAAGUUGCCUAUGAUCAUUCAGCCAGCAGGGCUUUCAUGGAUUUCGGGAUUAUCGUAGUAUAUCUCGCUGUUGUCGUGCUUGGUGCCCGGCCGGCGAUGUAUUGGAUGGUCAGACAGACCCCAGAAGGGAGACCUGUCAAGGACCUCUACAUCUAUAUAAUCAUUCUAGCAGUUCUGGGUUCAGCUUUGCUGUCUGUGUGGUUUGACCAAUUGAUAGUAUUCGGGCCAUUUGUUUUGGGUUUGGCCGUGCCAGACGGACCGCCAUUGGGUUCCACUCUAGUUUAUAAGCUCGAUAGCAUGGUCUCAGGGGCGCUUUUGCCACUCUUUGUAAUCACAACCAUGAUGAGUGUAAAUUUCUCAGGCAUCAACCUUAAUUCCGAUCUAGCAAUGGCCCAUGCAACAGCAAUGGUGGUUGUCAUCGUUGCCAAGUUUGCAGCCUGUUUGGUUCCUCCACUGUAUUCCAGUAUGCCCAUGAAUGAUGCUCUCACACUGGCUCUCAUUAUGAGUUGCAAAGGCGUUGUCGAAAUGGCCAAUUAUAGCAUUGCCAGAGGCCAAAACAACAUAGGCGAGAAGAUUUUCUCGCUUGCAAUGUUCACUAUUCUAGUAACUGCAAGCAUUGUGCCAGUUCUGAUAAGAAGGUUAUACGAUCCUUCAAGGAAAUAUGCAGGCUACCAGAAAAGAAAUUUAAUUCAUCAUAAACCAAAUACGGAACUACGGGUACUUUCUUGCAUCCACAAACCAGACAACGUCCCCGCCGUCAUCAACCUCCUUGAGCGUAUAUCUCCAACUCGAGAGAACCCUCUUGCUGUUUACGUUCUUCAUCUCAUUGAGCUAAUCGGCAGGGCCUCCCCCGUUUUCAUUUCUCACCAGAUGCAGAAGAAAACUCUCUCCAACCGUUCAUACUCCCAAGACUUGAUUCUUUCGUUCAGUCACUUCCAGCGAAACAAUCACGAAGCAAUAGCCGUGAAUGUCUUCACCGCGAUCUCCCCGUCCAAGCUGAUGUACGAAGAUAUCUGCACGCUUGCACUGGACAAACUCACGUCUCUCAUAGUACUCCCGUUUCAUCGGAAAUACUCCAUUGACGGGUCUAUUGAGCUGGAAGACAAUACCUUAAGGACCCUAAAUUGUAGCGUCCUCGACCGAGCGCCUUGCUCUGUGGCAAUCCUCGUCAACCGUGGCCAUAUAAGACGUUCAACGCCUUCUGUGCUAGCGUCAUACAGCAUUGCCAUGAUAUUCCUGGGAGGCAAUGAUGAUCGGGAGGCACUGAUUUUGGCUGGUCGCAUGGUGAACGACUCGAACGUUAGCCUGACUGUCGUACGAUUGAUUGCAGAGGGUGAGGACAGCAUUACUGAUUGCAGUAAAAUGCUGGACUCGGAGAUAUUGAAGAGCUUCAAGUACCACAGCGCCGCCGAUCAUAAAGGUUGUGUAAUGUACAUAGAGGAGGAGUUGAAAGAUGGAACCGAGACAGCAACAAUGUUGCGAGAACUAAUAGAUAACUAUGAUCUUUGUAUAGUUGGGAGAAGAUACAACGUGGAGAGCCCUCUAACAACAUGUCUUGAAGAAUGGAGUGAGUUUCCAGAGCUUGGGGUUAUGGGAGACAUGCUUGCCUCGACAGACUUCAGUGGUAGAUGUUCGGUUUUGGUGGUGCAACAACAAAUGACAAUAUAGCUCUCUGUAAUAUACACACA